CACAUUGGGUGCACCGUUCGCGUAACGUCCAGCUGGAGGCGAGAUAGUCCGUACCGGAAGUCCAAGCGUCCAAAUUUGCCAGAGAUAGUCUUUAAAGUCAGUCGAAUGAACGACGUCCUGAGCAUGAUGGAGGACGUCGACAGCAUGCACGUCAAGACGCCGUGCGUCUCCAUCAACAGCAUCUCCCACGACAGUGUCGACAGUGGCUACCUGUCCAUUGUAACGCCGCAGACCAGCGGCUGCACCCCUAAGAUAGCCGGUUAUCGAACGCGUUCGUCUACCGGCGCGUUGUUCUCCGCCAAGAAGCACAGGUACCGCCCGGAUCCCAUCCUGUGCGAGAAGGUGCUGAGGCACCGUUCCAAAUUUAAUUAUCGUCUAAACACCUCCGAGUUCCACAACAUUUCGGAUUAUCUCGUAUCUGAGAACCCCGUCGAGCAGGACUCGGUACUGGAAUCGUCGUGCACGCACGAUAACCAGAGUCUCAGCCUGGUGCAUUCUACCCCAAGCUGUGCCAACAAUGAAUUCGACAGGCCGCUCAGGAACAAAAGGAACUGGAGGACCACGGUGCCCGUCACCCCCGCGUCCACGGAUUUCCAAAUUCUCUCGCCACCCCCGUCGCCGGCGGUACCCUCCUCAUCCGAUGUAGCCUCGGAGCCCAUUUUGGAGGAUGCGGAAAUGAAGCUAGUCUGUACGCCGCGUGGCAAAUCGCAACGGGUCACGACACCGCCGAAACUCAAAGUUUUGAUCCCGCGAAUCGUGAUCUCGCCGAUUCAUACGAGGAGCACCCCCGUUAUAACGUCAGCGGAUAAUCGUAAGUUGUGCGAACUGCGUAUCACGGAUUUGACUGCCUCGUCCGAGAUUAAGCCCAAGAAGCUUGACUUCAGUCAUCGCGGUCUAUAUGCGUCGCUGCGGAAUAGCCGAAGACUUACUUUUGACUAUACGGGUAGAGACAAGGUGGAUUUCCUAUCUCUUCUUGGAGAAGAGAGCAAUCACUUGAAUUUAGUGUCGAAAAUCCUAUCUUUUCUCACGCCUCAAGAUCUGUGCUCGGUCAGUAUGGUAUCCAAAGUGUGGAGGAAGAUCUGCAAAAGUGACUCGUGUGCCAAUAAGCGAAAACUGAGUUUUAUCAUGCGUAAGAACACCAUCAAGGAGAACUUGCGGCUGUUGGUAAUGGCGAAGAAGGCGAAGCGCGAAGAGGAUAUACAGACGAGUCCUAGGAGCAGACGUUACGUUCGGAAAGGAUAUUUGCUGGAUGUACAAAACUUACUGCAAGUUCCAACACAGCCGAAUAGUCCACCUGUAUCACCGAGCAAAAUUAAGUUUCAUUCCUUCGUCAAGGCUAGUCGUACGCUUGCUAGUGGUGAAUACCUGUUGUCCUGUCCGAGGUGUAGCUUUCCUUGUCAUGUGGACAGCGAGAAGAACGUGGGUGCCUGUUCGAGGCAGGGUUGCUCCAUCGAAUUUUGCAUUUCAUGCUCGUCAAAAUCGCACGCAGGCCCGUGUAAGACGCCCUUACUGGCCACCCCGACGAAACGCAACAAUAAACGCCUCAUCGCCGGUUCGAGACAGAGCAAACGGAAUUUGCGUCGAUUGUAAAUCAAUUCCUUUUCCUCGAGAAAAGAAGAACUAGUCUAGUUACAGAGUUGCGUCGACACUCUAUCGAUUGGAAGA